AUGAGCACCUCUUCUACCGUCACAAACAACACAGCCGAUGCUGGCUCCAAGCAUGAGGCAUACCAAAACUCGCUCUCGACAACUACCUACGACACAGAUAAGAUCGCUGUGAACGAGCCCCGCGCCUCGACGAGCACCGUCGGCACCGCCGACCCUCGCACCCAAGACAUCAGGUCGUGGAAGGCUGGCUUCCAGCGCAUGUCGGACGAGCGUCUCGAGAAACAGCGCUACCAGCUCAGCGAAAAGAAGGAUGACGAAAUCAACACCAUCGCUCUGGGCGCAAAGGUCGAGCGCGCACUCGGCAGGAGAAUGACUGGUCAGGAUGCUCAAUUCACACGAAGAGGGUCGCUGCCGGCUGCGCAAAGCACACAGGGACAGCAAGAGCCAAUUGAGCUGCCCGACAAGAGAAGCGUCGAGAUUACUUCAUGA